AUCAGGCUGCCUCGUUUCAGGCUCGGUUGCACCGCAGCGUUGGGAUGCUGGUCUGGUUGAGUCAAGCGACGGCCAAGAGGCGAUGGUGCCGCCGACAGAGCAUCGCUGUGAGCCGCGUGCCGACGGCGGACAUGGCAGUCGCGGCUGGGGCUUUGCACCCUGGCAGAGGAUAGUGCAAAGCGCAGCGGAGGAGCCCAUGUAACGCAAUAGCCGUCCGCAGGCUCGGGCGCGAGGCGGACAGGGAGGCGCUCCAGGCUGCUCCGCUCCCUCCAUUCAUCGCCUGCAGCAGAGGAAAGAUUAUUAUUGUUGUUGUUGUUGUUGCGAUUGUUCUCGUGGAAAGGGGGGCGUCGGCGAAAGAGUCAGGCGCAGAGCCCUCCGCUGAGCCCCUGGGGAGACGGAGACCGGUGCCUGCCCUUGCAGUGCCGCCGGGGAGUCUGCCCGCUGCAUCCCCGCUGCUGCCUGCAUGCCUUUGUCCCUUCCCGCGGGGGGCUGGAAGGAGGCGGCGAGGCUCCUUCGCGGGCCCAGCACUAGGAGCGCUCCCCUCCCUCGCUGGCGGGCACUUCGCUCGGGUGCUGCUCCUGGUCGUCGUCGUCGGAGGUCGGGCGGGCGGCGGCGUCCUCCUCUCCGCGCGCCUCCCCCCUUCCCGGGUAGGACGAAGUUUGCGCGCCUGCCUGGACCAGCCAAAGUUGUGUCUGCCGCUGCAGGUGGCGGCCGACCCGCCGGGAGAGAGCGGCGCUCCGAGGACAGCGGCCCCGGAGACGCAGGGAUGAGCAGCAGGGAGGCGAGUGGCCGCCCGGGUUAGGCGCCGACUGUCUCCUCUGCUGUCGCCUUCCCGCGGGAGAGGCGGCACGGGCGUCCAUUGAUCACCCCCCGGGGCAGGUUAACUCCCCCCCGGGAAUGCUGCCUGGAGGAUGUUGUGGUUCCCGGUGAAGAAGAUCCGGAAGCAGUUCAAGCUCCUGCUGCUCCUGGUGCUGCUCACCUUCGCCGUGUGGUUCACCUACCUGCAUAUCAGCCAGGUGCGCCAAGGCAAGGCGCUGCGCCUUCACUUCGCCUACGGCAGGGAUGGUGAACGACUGGCUGAGGUGACAGAUCCUGGCAGACGAGUGGCUGGGGCCCAGGCGGCAUCUUUUCACAGGAAGGCUGAAGAUUCCAGCGAGAGCCGGGAGGAUGAGCAGAUGAUUGAAGACCUUGGGGUUGAUGGGUGGUUCUCAAGAAGACAUGGAUUUGAUGGAGCUGGAAGACAUUCAAAGCCAAACAUAACCAGACAUGUUCUUCCAUGGAAUGAACAGUACAAAGGGAAAGCAAACCUUCAUGUAUUUGAAGACUGGUGUGGAGGGGCUGUGGGUCAUCUACGGAAGAAUCUGCAUUUCCCCCUCUAUCCACAUACACGCACAACAGUGAAGAAACUGGCUGUGUCACCCAAGUGGAAGAAUUAUGGGCUACGUAUAUUUGGGUACAUUCAUCCCUUCAAAGAUGGGGAUUUCCAAUUUUCUGUAGCUUCAGAUGAUAACUCUGAAUUCUGGCUCAGCUCUGAUGACAGUCCUGCCAAUGCACGUCUGGUGGCAUUUGUUGGCAAGAUGGGUUCUGAGUGGACUGCCCCAGGAGAGUUCACAAAAUUCAGCUCACAGGUUUCCAAGCCUGUUCACCUCCUCUCCUCCAGGCACUACUACUUCGAGCUCCUCCACAAACAGGAUGACCGUGGAUCAGACCAUGUGGAAGUUGGUUGGCGAGUUUUCCUUCCCAGCUUCAGGUUUGAAGUGGUUGAUUCUCCCUACAUCUCACUGUAUACAGAUGAAUCCAGUCUGAAAAUGAAUGAGGUGGAACAUGUGCCUCAGUCUCUUGCCAGCCAUGCUGGCAGCUACCUCUGGAGAACACAGAGAGAUGAGCAUGGAGCAGAUAUGCUCAAGCCUGACCCACGAGAUACUUUCUUCCUCACUCCCCAGAUCGACCCAUCCCAUGUGGAGAAUGUGCUGGUACCCUGUGCUUACAGCCCCACGUAUGUGGUGAAGGACUUCCCAAUUGCCCGCUACCAAGGCCUGCAAUUUGUCUACCUCUCAUUUGUCUACCCCAAUGAUUUCACCCGGCUUACGCACAUGGAGACAGAGAACAAAUGCUUCUACAGAGAGUCUCCUCUUUAUCUGGAAAAAUUUGGCUUUUACAAGUACAUGAAGAUGGAUGAUGAGGAAGAGAAUCUUCACCAGAGAGCCUUUCUGUUCCUGAACCCUGAAAAUUUUCUUGAAGAGGAGGAAGAAGGAGCCGACAGUCCUGAGCCCACUGAUCCACUUCCGGAUACCAAGGAUGGGAGCCCAAAUACCCUGGAUCCUCAUAUGUUGCCUGGGACCCAGAGAAAGGAGAGAACCCUGAUCACAAAGGAAUAUGGGGAUGACAUGGACUACUACGCCUUCCAUCAGAAGCAAAAGAAGUUUAAUGAGGAAGGAGCCUUGGCAGGGCAGCCAGUCACUACAGGCACAAACAGCGGACCCAGCCUGAGUCCUGUGACUUCAUCUAAGGACUUCCAGGCCUAUAAGAGAACAGCAGCUUUAGGAGAACAGGAUGUUAUCCAUAGUCGGUCUCUCAGCUGGGCACACAACGAGGAGGAUGAGGAGAAUGGACAGAAGAAAGGUGAGCUGGGAAUGUUGCCCCCAUCAAAGCAGGGCAGCUCUCUCAGCCUCCACCCGUACCUUUCUGUGUCUUUCUUUGCUGGGAAGGCCAAACAGCAGAGCCCUAAGGAGGAAAAACAGCCCAUAAAGGAGAACAAGAAACCCCCCGAGAAAGUGUAUGUGACCCGGCUGCAACCAAGCAAGAAGAAGGCCCCAUCUCAAAAGAAUACUUUCCCUGGAGUGUUCCUCUAUCCCAAGCCUCCACGGAAGAUGCAGUUGCACUCCAGGACUCCUCAACGUUGGUCUGCUCCCUCCAACAAAUUCCACAGUAUCCCUGGUCAUAGGAUACCAUGGCUCACUGAGAACAUGUCCAGGGAAACAGAUCCUUCCAAAAGGAAAAGCCAGCGAGCCAACAGGAAAUGGGAACAGCUAUAUGAUCAAGAGACCUCUAAGACUAAGAUCAAACAUAACGUGCAGCCUAGUGUGUUGACCAUGCCUGCCGAAGGACUGUUCAGCAAAGAAAACUUUGAGGUUUCUACCCCAGCAAGGGUGACCCAGGAUUACAAUUCCUCAGAGACAGGGCUCUCUGACGGGGUGAGAGUGACAUCAUUCCUGAGGAUGUCAGAAAUGACAGAAUCUCAGCAGGAUGAGGCUGAGGGCCCAGAGAAGGCCAGGGAAGAGGAGGUGGAGGAGGAAUUGUCUGACUACAGCUAUGAGAACUCUGAUCUGCAACAGAGCUGGCUAGAGGACUCUAUCAAUUGGCAAAGGACGUUCAGUGUCAGCCCUGUGGACUUUGAGCUGUUGCGUUCAGACUGGAAUGAUUUGCGGUGCAAUGUGUCAGGAAACCUACAGCUGACUGAGAGCGAGGUGGUAGAUGUGGUGGCCCAGUAUAUGGAGAAACUCAAUGAGAAGAAUGGCGGCAUCUACACCCUCUUGCGGAUCAUCAAUGUGGAGAAACGGCGAGACACAGCCCGGGGCAACCGCUAUCUUGUGGAGCUGGAGUUGAUGGAGAGGGGCCAGAGGACUGUAAGACUCUCAGAGUACAUCUAUGUCCUGCUACACCAGGGCAAGUCAGAGGACAGCACUGAAGCCAACCCUGAGGGGCCUGCAACUAUGUCCACUGAGUCUCAGCCACCACCUAGUGCCUGGAGCCUGCUGUAUGGAAAGCCCAUCCUGUGCAGGCCUCUGCAGCUUAACUGGAGGCAUGAUGUUAUGGUACAUUUUGUGGUGCCAGUGAAAAACCAGGCACGUUGGGUACAGCAGUUUAUCUCUGACAUGGCCAACCUAUACUUGAACACCAAGGAUGCCAACUUCAACAUUAUCCUGGUAGAUUUUGAUAGUGAUGACAUGGAUGUGGAGAAGGCACUGCAGGAGGCUCACCUGCCCAGGUACCUAUACUUGAAGCGCACAGGAAACUUUGAACGCUCUGCAGGACUUCAGGCAGGAGUGGACUCCAUAGAGGAUGGAAGCAGCAUUGUUUUCCUGUGUGACCUGCACAUUCACUUCCCCCUCAACAUUUUAGACAGCAUCCGGAAGCAUUGUGUGGAGGGAAAACUGGCUUAUGCACCCAUUGUCAUGCGGCUGGGCUGUGGGAGCUCUCCGAGAGAACCCAACGGCUACUGGGAAGUGAAUGGCUUUGGCCUCUUUGGGAUCUACAAGUCUGACUUCGAUCGUAUUGGAGGAAUGAACACAGAAGAGUUCCGGGACCGCUGGGGUGGAGAAGACUGGGAGUUGCUGGACAGAGUGUUGCAGAGUGGACUAGAAGUGGAACGUUUGCGACUCAGGAACUUUUACCAUUACUACCAUUCCAAACGCGGCAUGUGGAAUUCACGCAACAAAAAGACAUCCAAAGACUAAGCACCAUUCCUGCCGAAUUCUACUCCUGGCCCUCCUGAGGAGGUGAAGAGGGAGAAGCCGCCACCUUGGCUGUACUAUACUGUAUUGGUGCAAUUUCCACACUGCUGCUGGUGUGCUUCUGGACCCUGCAUCUAAGGCCUGUGCAAAGGCUGUUGGAGCUGAGGAUUUCUAUGGAACUAUUCAAGACCAACCAUGUUUACUUUGGGAUUUUUGUGAAUUUUCUUAAGGGAUCUAAUUUUCUUAGUCAGAAAUUACAAAUAUUAACUCAGUAGUGCUGAAAGGUCAGGAUUCCUGCUAAAGGGAGAACAGGGUGAGCCCUCCAUUGUUACUGCCAGUCAGGAAGGAGCUGAGGCAGCUACUCCCAAGUUUAUGCAGAUGCAAAGAUCUCAUCAGAUCUCAGAAGCUAAGCAGAGUUGGCCCUGAUCAAUAUUUGGAUGGGAGACCUCCAAGGAAUACCAGGGUCACUAAGCAGAGGAAGGCAAUGGCAAACCACCUCUGUUAGUCUCUUGCCUUGAAAACCUUACCAGGUUGCCAUAAGUCAACUGCAGCUUGAUGGCACUUUACACACACACACACAAAGGUCAUGAUGGUGCUUGCCUCAUGGGCUCAUUUCAGACAUCAUGUGAAAACAUGGUUUUUUUCACCAAUGGUUAAUUUGUGAAGCCAUGAUUCACUGCAUAGAAAAUCGAAUGCUGGUUUCACCACCCUUGCUCUGACCACGAGGAUCUGUGGUUGGGGUGCAUUAUUGGGGAACUAGCUAGCAUUAAGCCCAAUGUCUAUAUGCAUGUAUUAUGAAAAACUACAGUUAAGACUAAAACAGCUUCAAACUGUGGUUUUACAUCCUGCUUUGACAGAUCCUAAUAACUAACUGUAGUUAGUGGAGUGGCUGUGUUCACUAACCUAGUUUAAUUGAAUAAUUGUUUUGCAUUAUGUCUGAACUGAGCAUACCAUGAUCUCUAGGUUUUGGCCCUGAGGUGAGAGGAGAACUAAUGUUCACUGCUUAGGUGCCUGGGCUUCAGCACCUUCACAUGUUAAGGGGGGCAUUUUUCAGGAAGAGUAAUAGUAAUUGAGAGUAAUUGAGAAGAUGCAUUAUCAGACAGUGGUUUCAAUCCAUCAAAUCCAGUUUUGGAUUUUAUGUUUGAUGCAGUGACGGCUCACCUAGGUAGAGACAGUCUCAACCCAUACUUACUUGUUUAUGUGGCUAAUAGAUAACUGGAAAAGCAUUUUGCUUUAAUGAGUUCAAAGAUAGGAAUAGAUAUAAAAGGUAUAGUCCCUUGAAAAGGGAGAGAGUGGCCCCAGCUGUUCUCAGAGGAAUAUAGGAGUCAAGAAACUCUAGUGCCCCAGGAUUCCACAGUCUUCAUUUCAGCUGUAGCACAAGAAUGGGUAGAUGGUCACAAAAUGAGAGAGUUAAGAGAUGCCAGCUGGCACCCGGGUGGGAGGGACGGGGGAGAGAAGAGGUUUAGCAUUGUGUUCACAAGCAACAUCACUUCCAGUAUGAAAUAAGAAGUGAUGUCAUCACCUCAGGGCAAUGAUGUAGGAUUUACCCAAAACUGCAACAAUGUGAUAGCAGCACUCCAAGUUUUGCUUCAGAAAUAACACAUUAGGCUGAAUCCCCAGCACAUCUCCUCCCCACAUCAAGUGGCAUCAGAGAAUGAGGAAGACUAUCAGGAGAUCUGUUCUCCCUGGAGAGAGGAUGAGUUUCAGCUUAACCAUCAGCAAGGGCAAAGUAAGAAUUAAAAAACCUCUGAUGAAUACAGUGUUACUGGGGGACCAGAAGCUAGUUAUUACUGCCUGCUCCUUACCACUCACUCAGCUGAGAAAAUGGGAGAAGGUAGGCACAUGUUUAGGCUGUGUCCCCACCCAUGCCCGUUGUAGGAAUGAUUAAAGCAUGAGUCUGACAAAGUGGUUUCCCCAUGUAACUUUGCAGAGGUUCAGAAUUUUGUGUAAACUUUGCUGUAACGUCAUGCAAAGUCUGCGUGCUCUGUCUGGAUGCAAGAGUUCUGAAGCCCUUGCAGAACCAAUGCUGGAGUGCUAAUGAAGCAAGUGUGGCUGCUUUGCACCAGUUGCACCACAGUUCAAAGGAGAUGCUGAGCCCAAGCAGAGUCACAUGCUCAAGCUCUUGCCUUGUCAGCCUCACAUGUAAAUCAGGCCUUUCUGAAUGGCUAGGAGGGCAUGCCCUCUCCCCUCCAGCCCCAAUUCCAUUAUUGUUUCUGCUGAGCCCUUGCUUCUGACCCAAUUCCUAUUCUUGGAAAGUAGACAAGGUUUCAUUUUCCUCUGUUUUCAUCUUCUACCUGCUAUGGUUAGUGUAUCAGAAACAAAAGAUGCAGGAAUCAGAGGAGAGGAGGGCAAAACAAUAUUUCCAAGCUAAUUUCUGUGAAAUUAUGAGGUAGAAAGCUGUUUUCAGAACGUUAUGUCUGGUAUUGGGUUUUUUAUUUUUAUUGAUAUUGUUAUUAAAAAAUAAAUGUCUUGGUUCUGAUUUU